AGAAGUGUGCCAAAUGAAUCAAUCAACAGUGUCCGAGGAAAGCCAUUGCCGCCUCAUGGAUAGGAACAUUGACUUUCAUAUAGUGCAGCUCGUGGAGCGGCUGGAGGCACUGCGCAAGGAUGCCGGUCCCAAGAUGUCCCACUCGGCGGUGCAUGGACGAGCCAACAUGCACAAGGAGCUGCGCACGUUGGAACUGUGGAGAUGUGUCAUGUCGGAGUGUCUGGCAUCGUUCUUCUACGUGUUCGUCGUUUGUGGUGCCGCGGCAGGAGCCGGUGUGGGCGCGAGCGUUUCUUCGCUGCUGCUGGCCACCUCGCUGGCCUCCGGCAUGAUCGUCGUCGUUCUGACGCAGUGCUUUCUGCACGUCUCAGGCGCACAUAUAAAUCCAGCUGUCACCAUGGCUCUGGCGGUGACGCGAAAGAUAUCGCCCCUUCGCGCCUUCCUCUACAUUACGGCCCAGUGCGGUGGAUCGAUAGCCGGUGCCGCCAUGCUGUACGGCGUAACAGUUCCGGGUUAUCAAGGUAAUCUACAGGCUGCUGUUUCGCACAGUGCUCAGCUCGCACCCUGGGAACGCUUCGGCGUCGAGUUCAUCUUGACGUUCAUCGUUGUCCUGGCGUAUCUUAUCUCGACAAAUUCGUUCCGGAAGUAUUUUGGCUCGUCCGCGAUUGCGAUCGGAGCCGCCUACAGCGCUUGCAGCUUCGUUUCGAUGCCCUAUCUGAAUCCAGCUCGCUCGUUAGGUCCAUCGUUCGUGCUGAACAAGUGGGACAACCACUGGGUGUACUGGAUCGGUCCGUUCUUCGGUGGCAUCAUUGCCGGACUGAUACAUCAGUUUGUAUUCACCCCAAAACCGAAGACGAAGACGGGUGCUGGUGGUGUUGCGGGAUCGAAGAACAACAGUGAGGUCAACAACUGUGCGAUCGAUAUGAGCAAGAUGGGAGCUCAGGCAACGGUUGGGAAGUUCCAAAACUUCCGCCAUCAUAGUGGCACGUUGCCGUCGCGGUUCUGCCACAGCAUGUACGCGACCAGCGAUCAGCCGACGAUUAAAAUUGAACCUCUCGAACCGAUCUACGGAGCCGCUAAGACGAUGUUCGGUAAAUCGCCUCAGAUGUCCCGCUCGAAUCUGAAUCGUUCGCAGUCCGUGUACGCCAAGAGUAACACCGCAUUGAACCAGGAGAUACCGGCGACCGUCGCUGCGACGGCUACGCUCAGACCGGGUCAACUGGUACCAACGCAGAGCCUCUAUCCACUGCGAGUGACCCAUCAACAGCAGCAGCAGCAACAACAACAGCAAUUGCCGCAGCAACAACCGCAUGUACACACACAGAACCAGAACGUGCAGAACCAGCUCCACCAGCGGUCGGAGAGUAUCUACGGUAUGCGUAACACCCUCCGGCAGCAGCAACAGCUGGCAGAACAUUUGUCGCAGCAACUUGCCCCACGGCCCAGCCACCCAGAGAUGCAAGGCUUCCAACCGAUCUACGCUGUCCGGAACACUCCCAGCUGCUCGACCGAUGCUUUACGCGAUGUCCACGAACAGGCCGGCAGCUGCGAUAAGGUGUUGAACACGGUAAUACGGACCGAGACGAGGCCAGAAUCGUUGUACGCCGCUACCAGACGCAUCCACUCGACGCACUCGGAUGAUAGUUCGUACGGAUCGUACCAUGGUACCGCGGGGCCAUCGAACACACCGCCCACGCGGGAGAACUACGGUGGAGUUCUGUAUUCCGCUCCCGGAAACACUCGUACUAUGACGCAGCACUCGCACGGACAUACACGGAGUGUCGUGGUGCAUGAUCCCAACAUGCCACCGCCACCACCACCGCUAAUGAGCUGUAGCUAAGCGACAUCAUCAUCACACCAUCGAAAAGCAUCCUCGAGGCAUCUUAUACUCAACCAAUGAACCUGUAGCAUUAAGUGUCGAAUUUUGCGUGUAUAAAUCU